UGCCAGUGCGCGGUUAACGUACAUACGAAUGACAUGUCGACGUUAUAUAAGUUCGCUUCAGGCGCGUUCGCCAGAGCACGCACAAUUGCACUCUUAAGUCUCCGUCCGACCCAACUCCAAGUUUACCUCGCUCUACUCAGCGCGAACGAUGAUGCACCGUCUUUUUGCCGCUUCCCGCCCAGCUUUCCGCGCCGCCACACUCACCAGAGUGCCGCGCCGAUCGCUCGCUGCUGUCACCUCCGACCUUCAGACCCCUUCAUCACGCUUGACGCCGCCUCCUAUCACCGUCAGGCGCAAUCUGAAGUUCACUAACCCUCUUCUCUCCUAUCGCCAAAAUUAUCCUCCGCUGGACAACGCGGACUACAUUCGGUUCAACCCUACGGCUGAUCCCUCCUUCGCUAACCCCAACCAGGUCGCACAGUUCCUCUCUUCAGUUCAGGCUCACUUCGAUACCCUGCCCUCCGACCCACAUGCCCCCGCAACCACUGCGCGGUUCCGGCAAUAUUCUCGGGCAUUUGUCCUUCCUUUCGAGGACAAGCCGCGUGUGUACUGGGCUCCCGGUCACGCUCAGGAAGGCCGGGAUAUCACGUACUACAAUCAGGGUGUGUUCAACCCGGAGCAUGAGUCCGAGCGCCGCGCCAUGCCCUCCAUUCCCGACAGCAUGCGUAGCGAGCUCCUGGAAAAGCUCAUUCUCACCGACGUUGCCCUUUGCGACUGGUCUGUGGACGAGCUCAGGCACCCGAUCAUCGUUGGAGUGCACUUCAUCAAGACUGCGCCGACGCAAGAACAUCCGGUUUCGAAGACAACGCCCAACUCUCUUCAUCAGGACGGGCAUAAGUUUUCGUUCGUACACCUGGUUCAGCGACGUAACGCCAUAGGCGGCGAGAACGUGAUAGCCGGCAAGGGUGGGCGCUACGCUGGCCUCCAGCCCAGCGAGGUUCCUUCGGAGGACGUUCUAGCUCGGUUCUACCUGGAGUCACCCCUGGACAGCUGGGCGGCGUAUGAUGCGAAGUGCUCGCACUAUGCUGGACCCGUUAUGCAAGAAGUCGUCGGUCCAGAGCCGAGCGAGCGCAGUGUCAUCAUAUGCGACAUUGAGCCCAUGGUCGCUGCGGUCUGUCCUAUUUGA